ACCGUUAAACCUCUUUAUGCCCAACUAUAAACCCCUCGCCUCCCUCGCUUUCUCACUCUAAACGUAAUAAAGAUUUGGAGAAGUUGAAUCUUUAUCAUCACUGUAAAAAGAAUCGAAAAUGGAGCCUCCAAUUCUUGAAGCCAGCAACAAGGGGAAGAAGAAGCCACCAAAUUUCUAUGGCUUCCACACAUUUGCUGAGCCCGGUUUUCCCAUUUCACUCCGUGGGCCGUUUAGAGAUAACAUCCGUCAGUUUCUUCAAGAAUGUGCAAAGCUGGAGGAAUAUAAUGUGGAGGGAAUGCCCGUAUGGUGCACAUUUCUGGUUCUUGAGAACAAGGGUCUUGUGCUUCCCCUUUACACCAUUGAAGAGAAUGUUAAAAAAUCAGCUAAACCCUUCUGUGAUCCAUGCCGUUGCGCGGGGUGGAGUAAUCACUUAGUGUCUAAAAGGAAGUAUCAUGUGAUAAUACCUGUGGAGGAUGACUGGAAUAAACCGCUUAAUGAAGGAGUUCUUGAUUUGCAAAAUCAUAUCUUACAUGGGCUGAUUCAUUGCAACGGAUUUGGGCAUCUGCUAAUUAUCAAUGGGAUUGAGGGCGGAUCGAAAUUACAAUAUAUUAUCGAUUUUUUCUCCGUUUUCUUUUGUAGACAAAUCACAGUCGAAGACUUGUCCAAGAAACGCAAGAUGGAUCUUCGAUUGCUAUAUGGAGUUGCUUAUGGACACUCGUGGUUCGGGAGAUGGGGAUAUCGAUUCUUUCAGGGAAGUUUUGGGGUGAAGGAGCAUAAUUACACUAGAGCCAUUGAUAUUCUCAGCUCUUUGGAGCUAGAUCAGAUUAUAAAUGACUGUUGUCAAAAAAAUGGGUGUAGAGAUGUUAUUGGACAGAUCAUCCGCCAUUACAGAGAUAUGAGUGAAACGAAUUUGACUACAAUUAGAGAUCUCUUCAGAUUUAUGCUUACUCUCAAGUCGACAGAUCCAGCAGGGAGAAAUUCCACCACUAUUGCCACAUUUACAAAUUCUACGGAAAUUUUGCCUAAAAUUGCUCUAUGGGACCGACCUGUUGGAAAGGAACGAUCCAUGAAGUGCAGAAAGUUUGCCAAUGUUGCAGCACAUAUGGACAGCCGGUGGCCUGUUAGGAGACUUCAACAUGUGGCAAAUGUCAUUGUUGAAGCGCUGAAAGAAAAGAGAGCAACAAACGAGGUUGGUAGUAGUGGGAUGACUAGACAGGAGGCACGAGAUGCUGCUCGACUCCAUAUCGGUGACACGGGGUUGAUAGAUCAUGUUCUAAAAGCAAUGAACAAUGUAAUUGUUGGGAAUUACAUCGUUCGACGUGCAGUGAACCGGUUGACUAGAGUGUUGGAAUAUUCUAUCCAUGAUCUCAAGGGUGGCACUCAGGAUGAUCCUGUAAUGAUUCCCAGGCCGAUGAUGUUUGGGAAAAGCGUUUACUUUGAUGUCACCUACUUGUACCAUAAUGUACUCCAGUGCUGCUAUUCAGAGUCGAAUUAUGUGAAACUGGCUGUUCAAACGAUUUUAGACAGCAAACAUUUUGUGAAGGAUUGGCCAUUCAGAGAUGAGGCGGAUGACUUACUGAGGUUCAUAUGUCAAGUAACACCAAACUCAAUCGACCUGAAAACUGAACUUACUCGAGACUUCUCACCUUCAGAGUAUAUAGUGGUUCCUCUCCAUGCCACAAUGGGUGAUCUGAAGUUAUCUGUUCAAAAUGCAAUGAGGGACACUUACUGUGUUAUGGAGCAGCUUCUGGUAACAGAUGUUGUAGAGAAGGAGGGAGUGGAUGAUGAGGAAGUGCUUUUUGGACUGGUCGAGUCAGGUGCACAGCUUCGGGUUAGAGGUUCCGGAUUGGACUGGGGAACAGAUUUGAGGUUCGAAGGGGGAAUUGACACUUGGACUGUUAAAUGUAAGUGUGGGGCACUAGAUGAUGACGGGGAGAGGAUGGUGUCAUGUGACAUAUGCGAGAUAUGGCAACACACACGAUGCAGUGGUAUUGAAGAUACUGAAGUUGUGCCACAAUUGUUUGUAUGCGAGGCUUGUUGCACGAGCCUCGCACCACCACGGGUGCAGCAAAGCUACGAUUUUGAGCAUUUCCCUGCUUCCAUUUUGCCUCGGUUCUCCGAAGUCGACGUGGGAAUACUGUACUGAGGAUAGGGUUUCAUGAUGGUGAAAUGUUUGUGGUGAUAGUCAUUAGGCCUCUGCUGAAUUUGUAGGCAUAGAAUAGGAAAGUUAACUCAUGUUGAGUUUACAUUGACUGAUAUGGAUGUAUCAAACAUUUGAUAGAAAGAUUCAAUGCUUUCGGAUUCACAA